AUAAAUGAUUGUGGAAAGAAUGGAAGCAUUCAUCCUUAUAACGUCGUUUUAUCCAAGGAUCUUCAGGAAUUCACUGGCAGAGGGCAUCACAGUAGAUAUUCAUCUAUACAUAUGUGUGGAUAUUGUGAAAAAGGAUACAUUGGGAACACACAACACAUUGUUGCAAAGGAUAAUAUGUCUGAACACACUAUGGCAGAAAUCUAUGUAUUUGUAUGAGUAUCUGAAAUUGACAUAACUUUUAAGACCACAAAUGGUAUAUUUAUGUUUCUCAUUGCAAGUGGUGAAGAUUUGUUUUGGUUUUAUUAACAGAAUUCGGAGUUCAAAAAAUAUUUUUCAAUGUGAAUAAUAGAAACAAGCUUGGAUAGAAAGUUCAGGCUAGAUUUUGUUAUUUGUUGUUUAUCACGGUGACUUCAAAUUAAAGGACAUAAUUAGAGGUCCUCGGAUAUAAAAUCAAAUAUGGCAGCAGUACAGAAGUGCAUAUAACGUUCCGAUUGCGGAAACAUCGAAUACAAUUAAAGGGACGGAUGCCAUUCGGCACCAAAGCAAUAGGAACGGACCUUGUUUGUACCGGAACAAGUGAGCAGAGAACAUCGUCAUUUUGAAAAAAAUUAAAAGAUUUUACUUGAAAUAACAGCAAAAUUGUGCUUCGUUAAAUAUUUCUUCCACUUGAAAAUGAUUUAUUCAGUAAUUUUGCAGUCACUUGUACUGCGGUCUUACUUGUAUUAUGGCUAGAAAAAAUGUCGCGAAAUGCUAGCAAGUCUAAGUUUACCGUGAGUGCGUUCAUUAUUCUGGCGGGUGCGAUGUUUUACACAAUUUUAUUUAUUUAUAUCUCAUUUUACCAUCGGUGGUAAUUAACAGCCAAGACUUGAUACGAAAUGAUGAAAUAUUAUUAAAAUUCGCCUUAAUCCCUAUCCUGCAAAUAAGCUAAUUGAAAGGUGAAUAAGGAAACAAACAUUGCCAGCAUUUUCCAUAUUAUUAUUUUCCUUUCCUCUCUUAGUGUGGAUCGUGUUUAGUGCGCGCGCGCGCGAAUUUAAAAACAAAAAAUAUAUUAAAGAGUUAGUGGAGGGCUGAGUUUUGUAUACAACAAUAGAAGCCCAAGCAAGUUCUCUGAGGUCUUUGGUGAUUCUUGAGCAUCAACCGACCAUAUUUGUUUUGUUUUGUUUGGGCUGACUGUGCAUCUAUCUAUUUUUCUAAACAGAAUCAAGUUUAACCGGCGAGCGUCCAAGCGACUCACUAUCGUCUCCCGUCACACGUGCAGAGAGUGUUAUGUGUGAAAUGGAAUAAUAAUCAAAAAAAAAAAACGGGGUGGAAAAUCCGAAUUUUCGCAAUACGUAUUCUAAAUUAAAUGUUUUCGGUGAAUUUAUGUCUAAUAUUUAUUUGUCUAGUUUCAAUUGUAUUCAGUUAUAAUAAUUCGAAAAUCUAUCGGACGAGUGAAUAGUUUGGAUCGCUGUGUGGGGUGUCUGUACGCCGAACCACCCGCUGCCCGUUCGGAGGUAUCAGUAAAGUGGGUAGAAAACAAGGACGGAAUUGGGAAGCUGGCACAAUGAGCUCGGGUACAUCGCAACAAUUUUGUGUACGAUGGAAUAGUCAUCUGGGAAGUUUAGGUGCAGCAUUUCCUCAGCUUCUGGCUGGUCAACGAUUUGUCGAUGUAACAUUGGCUUGUGAGGGACAUCAGUUGCAUUGUCACCGAUUAGUCCUUGCCGCUUGCUCCACAUACUUUGAAAGCCUAUUGGGCGAGAAUCCAUGCAAGCAUCCCAUCAUAAUCCUUCCGCGUGAUAUACGAUUAUGGGAAAUCCAGGCUUUAGUUGAUUUCAUGUACAAAGGAGAAGUGAAUGUUUCGCAAGCUGGUCUUUCUGAUCUACUGAAAUGUGCCGAAAUUCUACAAAUUCGCGGUCUUUGCGGUUCAGAUGCUGCACUGAAUUUAAAUCAAGUCAAUUCGGCAGCUACUUCUUCACAAGCCACAACAUCUCCAACAGCGAUCUCAUCUUUAUCAUCAACAGUUCCAUCGAAUGCAGUUACACCCGUACUAUCAUCUAGUGUUGCAUCCAUCUCACAACAACCCUCCGAUUCACCCCAUUCAUUAACAACGUCACAAACGUCGACACCAUUGAAUGUUGACUGUGAUCGUUUACUACAAAACGCAAGUUCACCUGUUAAUUCCAGUGCGGUAACCAAAAAUGCCAAUGAUACCACGUCGAAAAGUUCAAGUUCAGGGGCCAGCACAAAAAGACAGGCGGCAGGACGAAAUGAGAAUAGUAGUCUGUUGUUGAAAACUUCGAAAAAUGAAAAAUCAAGUGGGAGUGAUCAGCAGCAGAAUGAAACGCGAUAUCGUACUCCAACCCCAAAUCGACUGGUGGGGAAAGUUGAACCAGUUGAUAUAUCAUUGGAUGAGGAUAUGGAGGAUCAGGACUUGAGUCAGUCUAAUGAAAAGAUUUCGGAAGGUAGUGACUCCUAUGCGGCCAAAUAUGUGGACUACUUAGAAGGGGCGAAAAAUGAAAACCAACAUCACCUGACCCAAACUCAACAACAACAACAACUAGAACAAGAUGACAAUUUGAGAUCCUCUCUUCCAUUACAACAGCCAACUGUAUCCGCGACGCUAUCAUUAUCAUCCCCGCUAUUAUCUGCACCGCUAUCCUCGCCAUCUACAUCCGUUUCAAAGAGACAUUCUAAUCCAUUUGCAGUACAUCCUGCUGAUCCUUCCAAAAGUAACCAGUGUAGCAGCAGUGAAGCCGAUAACGAUGAAAACCGCAACUGUAUCUAUGACGAAGUCGCCGAUAUCUAUAUUAUAAAUGACGUAGACGAGGGGAGCCAACAGGAAAUUUGCGUUGUUGAAAAGGAUCAAGAUCAUAUCCAUGAACGAUCACCGCGUUAUCGUCGACAAUCGCAAUGUAGCAAUCCCUCAACUACAUCUCCUGGACCAGUGCGUCGACUGAUAGAUUGCCGAAAUCCAAAAAGCAGAAAGCCUGAAGGAGGAAUCGGCAUGUCUAGUAUAUCGGCUCCCCACCGGAAUAACUACCGGGGCAAGAUUCGAGUUAAGUCCAAUGAGAACCUCUUUGAUAACUUCGAGAUAAACAAACCAGGGGCACAUAUAAAAGAUCACCUUGGCUUCAGGGAUCAACCUGUAAGCCAUCAGAAUCACUAUGACGGGUACGAACGAUUGAAUUCAACGACCCUCCACCCGGCCACACGUGGUAAUCGUGCGCCACUCCCCGGUGCGCUGCGGUUUAACCGAAACUCAAUGACUGUUUUCCUUAAGCCCACAAAGGAUCAUCAGGCAGGCCAGCAGGUUCUCCAGUACAAUGAAGACUAUUCCCAGUGCGAGGAAGUGGGAAGCGAGAAGAUCUAUGACCAUACCACAAUCAAGAGCGAAUAUGACUCCAUUGAGGAUAGCAACUAUGAGAGUAUAGUCUGUCUGCCUAAUGUUAUGGAAAUGUACAACGACGGGGAGGAUGGUGAUAUAAUGACCAGCAGAGACUUAGCCGAGAUUGACGUGGAUGGAAACCAUUUGGCCAUUCGAAGUAAAUACCAUUCCUCGGGUCAAACAGUGAUUAACACCGGAUACGAGGACAUAAAAGUGGACGAGGAGAUGAUUUAUGCUCAGCAAGUUAACUCUCCGAACGGACUUUUGCACUAUCAUGUCAGUGGGGAAGGGAACCUAUCGGAUCAUGAAGGCAGCAGUCAUCAUCAUCAUCAUCACUUCAAAGGACUUGAAAUUUGUCCUGCGAAUGGACGUCCAAUGGAAUUUGCCAUGGCUCAGUUUUUAUCAGAUCAUAUUGAUGGCGGUGAUAGCGGUGGUGAUGGCAGCGGAGGUGGUGAUGGUAGUCAUGGUGUUGUUCUUAAUCAACGAUCCUCAUUGCCACCUUCAAAUAGUAAUGGUCGUAGAUGUCGGUAUGUAACUAGUAGUAGUAAAAGGAAUCCUGUCGCAUUGGAACAAAUCUCGAACGAUGGACAGCCUUCAUUGAGUGCUGUUGUUUUACGUAAUCCGCGAAGCAAUCAACCGCGUACUUAUAGCAAUGAUGCUUUAUAUGCAGCCUUAAUGGAUGUUAAGGCAGGCGAAAGUAUUUACAGGGCAUCACUAAUCCAUAAGGUGCCACGAAAAACACUACGAAAUUGGAUGAAACGUUGGCAUAUUAAAUCUGCAUAUCCAAUGCCCAGACAGUUAAAACAAGCCGCAGAAAAAAAGAAACGUAUUCAACAACAAAUUGAAAAAAUGGAAAAAACAAUCGCAUGUAAUAAUACCACUAUGAUUUCAAGUGGUAAUAGUAACAAUCGUAGCAAUAAUAGUCAAACAUCUGGAAUGAUGUUACAAUCAUCUAGUCACAGACAACAAAGUCAUAGUAUCUCGAAACAUGCUAUAAUUAAGAAGUAAAGCCUAAGAUAUUUCACAAAAAUUAAGGAGGGAAGCAAAUUGAAAGGGAAGGACGAAUGUAUACGGUACUAUCUGUGUGUAUUUACUUUUGUAUAAGGAGUUCAGUCAUUUAAGGAAGAUAGUUCUGUACCUUUCCUAUUCACACAAUUAUUGAAAUAGGAAUCCAGCCGAUGAUGACCUUGAUAAAAAGGAAUUACC